AUCUUCAACGUACACAACCACACGUGUGUCGUGUGUCUUGUUUAUCUCACUGUUUGGUCAAAUAUAGUCGAUUUUAAAUUUUAUAGAAACGACGAGCUUUUAGAUCUCAACCUAUCUGCACAAAUCAAGCAACCGGAUUUAUUGCAUUGAAUAGAAAAAUUACUAUGUCGAAAGCAAAACUAAGGAAAAGGAAAGCCAUCAAACGGAAAGCGUCUAAGAAAGCUAAAAAGGCAGAGGAAUUAAAAUCAGUGUCAAGCAGCAACCAAACUCCACCAAAACAAGUCGGCAACAAAAAGAGUAAAAAAUUCUACGCCGUUGGAGUUGGCCAGAAAAGAGGAAUUUUCGCCACACAUCAGGAAUGUCUCAAGCAAACCAAAGGAGUCAGCUUUUCCCACCACAGAUCGUUUUCGACUUUAGAAGAUGCCGAAGAAUAUGUUAAAAGAUAUGCGAAUGUUGUUGCGGGCACGCCAAAUUUCAAUGUGUCAAAUAAAAAAUUCAAGCAAGAAAUAGCAGUUACGGCAAAUAAUUCAGCAGCAGAAGCUAAGCCUGUUGAAACUCGUACCGCCCCUUCCAUGAAGAGAACUGUUGCUGAAGAAUGCAGUGCUCACAAUCAGCAGUCCAAAAAGCCCAAAUUAAGUAAAAGAGAUUCAAGUGAGAAAGCCGAAGAGCUAACAAAAGAGGAACUUUUAAAGCUGAAUGAAGAGGUGGAGAGGCUGAGGAAAAAACAGUGCGAACUCAAAGAGGAAAUUUCGAAGAUUACUCAGUCUGUUCAGGAUAAGGUUGACAGCCUGAAUGUAAUGAAAGAAGUGAUUACCAAUAUGGAGAGACUUGAAGCAGAAGUGGAGCGCGAGUUAAAUUCGUCAUUAUUUGAAGCAGCCAAACUUCAAAAACGGAGUCGAUUUCAAAAAGAAACCCCCUCUACAUUAGCUAAAGAAAUAUCUCAACAUUAUGAGGGUAGGGAUACAGAACAAUUAGGAAGCUUCGAAUAUGACAACAAAAACUUCUGUAAAGUUUACAUACGUGGCGUCUUGCUCAACUCUGAUCCUGCUAACAAAUCAGGACUAGGAGUAUUUUUUGGUGACGGAAACGAAUUAAAUAUUAGUGAAUUGCUGCCUUUGAAGGCAAGAACUUGCGCGAAUGCUCAAGCAAUGGCUGCAAUAUUAGCCUGCAAAGUGGCUAAACUGUCAAAUAUUGCGAGGAUCAACAUUCAUACAACCAGUUCACUCUUAUUCAAAGGUGUAACUCAGUUACAAAAAAAGUGGGAAAAAAAUGGCUGGCUAAAUUUAAGCAACCAGCCUGUUGUUCUGAAGGAAGGAUUGAUGUGUCUAAAUGAAGCAAAGAAAGGCUUGACAGUUAAGUGGAUUAGCAAGGCGCAAGCACGUUGCACAGGCUACAGCAACAAAGCAGUCGGCAACAGCACAAGCACAACCUCACCAAGCACUUACGCCACUUACCAAGCACAAGCACCACUCGGCACUCGCUUCAAAAGCAGCAACAAGCAGACUGCUCCCUCACCCAGCUCACCCUUACCCUUAGUCACUCACACUCACUAUUCUCUGAGCAGACGUUCUGUCCUGACGUGUCCUCGACCGCAGCUCUCACACAAGCCGCAUCCAGGAUUCAGAUUUGAAACGAAUUGUGCACCAAAUUGGUUAAGAAAAAUGGCCUAUCGCAAGGGCUCUGGGUCUAAAAGCAGCGGCUACGAAUAUGACAGUCAAGGCCGCACCAUUGUCUACACUGACGGCAGCUGCCUCAACAAUGGAAGGGCCGGCGCCAAAGCUGGAGUUGGAGCCUAUUUUGGUCCAGACAGCAAGCACAACAUCAGUGAGCCGCUCAGGGGGAAUGCCAGACCAACCAACAACAAUGCUGAACUCCAAGCUGCCACUCGAGCUUGCGAACAAGCUAAGGAUGCAAAUAUGUCUGGAAUCUGUAUUCGCACUGACUCUGACUUCAUGGUCAAAGGUGUGAAUGCGUGGAUGCCCAAGUGGGAGAAAAAUGGUUGGACCACGUCUGCCAACAAGCCUGUGGAGAACAAGUCGCAGUUUCAGGAGCUGAAAAAUGCCAUGAGUGGCAUGAAUGUGAAGUUUGAAUAUGUGCCAGCCCACUCCAACAACCAUGGAAAUGAGAUGUCUGAUCGUCUGGCCAAAGCUGGAGCCGAGAGAUACAAUUGAAUUCUAACAACUAUACUACUCUCAAGCUAGGUGCUUAACAUUUGAUUUUCAACCCAUUUUUUUCUUUAAUUGAUCCUAGCUUGACAUUAAUGUUCACUUUGCAUGUAGCAAGUUAAUAAAAGCCGUUAUCAAAUAAUA